GAAAAAUAUUUAUCAGAAAAUUCUCAUACAGACAAAUUGGUAGAACGUAAGAGUUUCUUAAAACCAUAAACCUCAAAGUCUUGAGGAGACAAAUCAAGUCUCCGACAGCGAUCCACAAGCGAAACAACAAAAUCAAAGAAACGAAAGGAUAAGUUUCGUUUUCUCAAGAUUUGAAUCUUUGGUUUUUUGGAUGAAGAUACAGUGCAACGUCUGCGAGGCGGCGGAAGCGGCGGUGCUAUGUUGCGCCGAUGAAGCUGCGUUGUGUUGGGCUUGCGAUGAGAAAAUUCACGCCGCUAAUAAACUCGCUGAAAAACACCAGAGAGUCCCUCUCUCUGUCUCUUCCUCUUCCAUACCCAAAUGCGACAUUUGUCAGGAAGCUUCUGGAUUCUUCUUUUGUCUGCAAGACAGAGCUUUACUAUGUCGGAAAUGCGAUGUGGCAAUCCACACUGUGAACCCUCAUGUCUCAGCUCACCAGAGGUUUCUUCUGACUGGGAUCAGGGUUGGUCUUGAAGCUAUAGACACAGGUCCUUCUACAAAAUCAUCAUCACCAGCAUCUAAUGAUGAUAAAGCCAUGGAGACCAAACAGUUUACAUUAACUACAUCUGAGCCUCAGAAGAUGGACUUUGAUCAUCAUCAGGUGGGUUUACCUGAAACUAAAGUCAGUGAUCAUGUUUCCACAAAGCUUCCUAUUGCAAGCAGUGGAUCAGCUACUGGUCAGUGGCAAUUAGAGGAGAUUUUCGGAUUAACUGACUUUGAUCAGAGCUAUGAAUACAUGGAGAAUAACGGUUCAUCAUCUAAGGCUGAUACUAGUAGACGAGGAGAUUCAGACAGUUCUUCCAUGAUGAGAUCUGGAGAAGAAGAUGGAGAAGAUAACAACAACUGCUUGGGAGGUGAGACAUCAUGGGCAGUUCCACAGAUCCAUUCUCCACCAACAGCUUCUGGUCUAAACUGGCCUAAACAUUUUGACCAUCAGUCAGUGUUUGUUCCGGACAUAUCUUCUUCAACUCCGUACACCGGCUCAUCUCCUAACCAGAGGGUUGGGAAGCGGCGGAGGAGACGGUUCUAAAAACUGCAACGACCAUCGGCUGGUCUGAUAAUAGAUGUGAACUAUUGUACUGUAGGUGUUGGUAUGUGACUUGAAGUUGAGUGUUCAUAUUUGGAACAAAUAUAUUAUAUUUGGUGAAAGAUUUGUAUUGAGAUUACAAUAAUAUGUACAUGACAUCAGUCUUGUAAUCAUCAAGUAGCUCAUUUUGCUAGCUAAAUUCUAAAUAUGUAGUUACAACU